UUGAGUGAUUUUUUAGCCGAAUUUGCAGACAACGCUAUCGUGUUGAUCGCCGUAAUGGAUGAAGCUUGGUGGAGUGGUAACGCACCUGAAAGUGACAAACAGGCAGCUGACCAACAACUGAGAAGCUUGGGAGCCAAAAACCCCAGACCAUCUGAAUAUCGUGCAUCAUGGUCCCUGGUUGGAUAUAAGGGAUCACACGAGGGAGUCGAUUGGGUUAGAUUCGCAGAGGCGCCAAGAAUGCAGGGGCCGACAGAGAAAGGUGUAAAGAUUCCCACACCGUUACAUACCUAUGGUUGCACCUAA